AUGUCGCUAAAGAAGGAGUCCCGCACAGACGUGCAGUUCCACCUGGCUGCGCUGCGCGGCGACUGCGAGCGACUGCGACACCUGCUGGACACCGGCAAAGUGCACAUCGACUCACGCGACCGGGAUGGCACCACUCCCCUGAUCCUGUCAGCGGCGAUGGGCCACACGGCGUGCGUGCAAGAACUACUGGAGCAGGGUGCCGACCCGGCCUGCUGUAGGACGACAGGAACAAGUGCGUUGUUCUUCGCGGCGCAGGGAGGAUUUCUCGACAUUGCACGGCUUCUGCUCGACGCAGGUGCGGAAAUUGACGCACCAAGCUUGGACGGCGGUACUCCGUUGUUCGUGGCAUGCCAGUGUGGACACCUUCCCGUAGUUGAAGAACUAAUAAAUCGAGGUGCCAAUGUCAACUCGUGUAUGAAGGACGGUGCGACGCCGCUGUUCAUCGCGGCACAGAACGGGCACGACGAGGUGUGCUCGCUGCUGCUGGCGCACGGCGCGCACGUGGACGCGGUGCGCGCCGACCGCGCCUCGCCGCUGUGGAUAGCGGCGCAGUGCGGCCACCAGCGCGUGGCGCGCGUGCUGCUGGCCGCCGGCGCGCACGUCGACUGCCUGCGCCACGACGGAGCAACUCCAUUGUUCAAAGCAGCGCACAAAGGGCACGCUGCCGUUGUCGCGGAGCUCCUCAAGUAUAAACCCAAUCUUGGAUUGUUGCCCAACGGGCAGUCGGCGCUGCACGGCGCGGCCAUGUUCGGGCAGCUGGCGUGCGUGCGGCUGCUGGCGCCGCGCGGCGCGCCCGCGCUGCGGGACGCCGGCGGUCGCACGCCGCUGCAGCUUGCGCGCGCGCACCGCCGUCACGACGUCGCUGCCUACCUGCAGGCGCUGCCCGCGCACGCGCCAUCGCGCACGUCAUGA